AUGGUCAACGUUCCAAAGACUCGCAAGACCUACUGCAAGGGCAAGGACUGCCGCAAGCACACCCAGCACAAAGUCACCCAGUACAAGGCCGGCAAGGCCUCGUUAUUCGCUCAGGGAAAGAGACGUUAUGACCGAAAACAAUCCGGUUAUGGUGGUCAGACAAAGCCUGUGUUCCACAAGAAGGCAAAGACAACAAAGAAGAUCGUUUUGAGAUUGGAAUGCGUUAACUGCAAGACAAAGCUUCAGCUGGCGUUGAAGCGAUGUAAGCACUUCGAAUUGGGUGGCGACAAGAAGACAAAGGGUGCCGCUCUUGUUUUCUAA